UCGAAACUCGGCUGUUCGUGCUUGUAGUCGGGGUAUUUGCGUGGGGGAAUUAACGGUGGUUUCCGCGCCGAGACCUCCAUGCGGCUGUUGGCGGAACAGCCAGCCGCCUCUCUCGGUUAGCCAUCAGGGAUCUCGGUUUAAUAUCUCACCGUGCAGAGACUCGCCCUCUCUCUCCCCCUCUCUCUCUCACUGACUAGCCCAGAACCACCGACGACCGAGCUCGGAGAACCCGCCUUCUUGGUCUCGUUUAUGCGCUUUUGGACCGAGGGAAGGGAGUCUGCAACGCCCUGGCUUUAGUUUUAAGCUCCGUUUUUCUGUGUUUGCAGUGCGCCAUUGGACCUUGUCACGGUAGGUUUCUUCCUUGUAGAGCAGAGCUGAAGCAUGGCGGACCUGGAGCUGUUUGUCGCGCCAGUGAAGCUGCUCUGCCUUCGGAUGUUAACAUGUUUCCUUUGAGCUUUUUUUCUUUCCAGCCAACAAUUUAUACUACAGUUUAUCCGCGCGACAUUGUAGCACAAACCGUUAACAGCCAACCGUUUCCGUUUGAAACGAACUCUCCGGUGAAGUGAGGUCGAGGCUCUUUAACGUUUAACCGUUAAAAAAAUAUUUUCCAUUUUCUUCUUUCUUCCUGCGCCUCCGCAAGUCCUUCCAACCCACCACCAUGACAUUUAUCUCGGACGUUUUGCCCAAUUUGUUUAAAUGUAAUUUUUACAGAACUCCAUUAAAUCUGUUGUAACGAAUUUUAAACGUUUAACGGUCGCUACAUUUUUGCCGUUAUAAGGUUUUUUUUUUUUAAAUGUUAAAUAGUAAAAUUAUGUAGAGGUCCACCAAACCGGAUAGGUUAUUAAAUACAGCUAGGUAAACGCAGAGUUUUGUAUUAAACGGUAAAAUUUAAAAAUAUAUUGGAGUAAAGUGCAAUUUAAAUGUUUCAUUUGUCGUGCCAAGUUGCCCUUGGGCAUGUAACUUAAUGCUUGAGCUCCCAAUUUGUUAUCAUCCAUAUGUUGUAAUAUUAUCAUACUGAAAUUAAAGAUAUAUUUGACGUUAUAACGGCUCCAGGUGUACGUUAAGGUAUCUAUUUAGUCCCAGAAAUGCUGAUAAUGGUAGUUUUUAAUGCAGCUGGGUCACACCGUGGACUCCACAGUGAGCUGGGGCCACCAAGGACACGAUGAACAACGAGCAGCCGCCAUCAUUGGAGCACAGCUCGGCUACGCCUCGCUGAAGAAUGCUCUGGGUUUUGCUCUCAAAUCGCCACAUUUAACGCCAAAAACCUGAAUAAAGCGGUCUGUAAAACACUCUUGGAACACAUUUAUUAACUGCAAGCAAAUUCUCAUAUCGAUUUCCUCGCUCCAGCCUGAGUGAACACUGGAAGAGGGAGAUUAUAGGGUUGCAUGGCGGAGCUAGAUCCGCGUCCAUCGGUGAUGAGGCGCCUGUGCCGAGUGGCGCAUUUGGCUGCAGUACUUCCAAGCAACCAUUCCCCCUUGUCGGAGACCGAAAGCAGAUCCCCAGCCCGUGGUCAGCUGGUCGCCUACAGCUGCCUGUCCGUCCACUUCCAUUCGCUUCCUCCUUCCGUGUAUCCUCCCCAACCUCCGACAGAAAAUCCUCCAUUACCGGGCGGACCGACAGAGAGAAAAUGGUCGCUCCUGCGUGUCCACGAUACUUUUGUUGUGGAAUAAGGAUAGUAAUAAUACGCCAGAUUCCCGCUGGCAGGAUUUGCUCGACGGAGACUGCUGUUGUCGCUCUAGUUGUGCUAGUUGAAGCCCUCCGCAGUGUUAUUUGAGAUUUGAAGCCGUCACAAGCAAUAGCCUAUGUCUCACCAUGUAGCGUAAACGUUUAAGGGGCGGUGUAAUGAACAUAAACCAUUAUGUCGAGGCAAAUUUAAAUCCCACGACUUGGAAACAUCGGAGUUUUACUUUUUUUUUAUAUAUAUAUCAAAGACAAAAUCACUUUUGGAGAAACUUUAUGAAUCAUUUGCGCAUUAAAAUGACAUUCUCGUUAAAUUAUGUGAUUUAAUAAACAUAACUAUUAUGAGUGUAGGAGCGAAGUAUGAACCUACAUAUAUACAAGACAGUACACUUACAAAUGAAUGGGGAAAUGGAGGCAACCACCCAAGUCCUAGUGUGGGCGCAGGAUGACCUAUUAAAACUGCUGGAGGCCAUGAAAGUGGCCCUGCCCCAGAAAGAUCUGACUAAAUACAAAACGUCAGAGUCCCACCUCGACUGGCAGAAGGUGGCCUUCAAUUCCUACACAGCAGAGAUGUGUAAGCAGAAGUGGCAGGAGGUCUCUAAAGAGAUUCGUAAAUUCCGGACCCUAACAGAGCUGAUAGUCGAUGCUCAGGACUACAUCAAAAACCCUUACAAGGGCAAGAAAAUAAAGAAACACCCAGAUUUCCCCAAGAAGCCACUGACUCCGUACUUUCGCUUCUUCAUGGAAAAGAGGGCCAAGUACGCAAAGUUGCACCCUGAGAUGAGCAACCUAGACCUAACUAAAAUCCUCUCCAAGAAGUACAGAGAGCUCCCCGACAAGAAGAAGAAAAAAUAUGUUGACGACUUCUUAAGAGACAAAGAAUCAUUUGUUCAAAGCAUGAUGAAGUUCAGAGAGGAACACCCAGACCUUGUGGAAAGCAUGACCAAGAAAGGUUCAAAUGUACCAGAGAAGCCCAAGACCCCCCAACAGCUGUGGUACAACCAUGAAAAGAAGGCUUUCCUCAAGACACACCCAGAUGCCACCACUAAAGACAUUAAGGACAGUCUUGGCAAACAGUGGACACAGCUGUCUGACAAGAAGAGACUCAAGUGGAUCGGCAAGUCUCUGGAGCAGCGGAAACAGUAUGAGGAGACAAUGCGGGAAUACAUCCAGCAGCACCCAGAGUUAAACAUGACCCAAAAUGAUAUCGUAAAGUCCACCCUGACCAAGGCCGAGAGGCACCUGAAAGACAAAUCUGACGGCAGACCCGACAAACCACCUCCAAAUGGUUACUCGAUGUUCUGCGCGGAGUUGAUGUCAAACAUGAAGGAUGUACCCAGCACGGAGCGCAUGGUGAUGUGUAGCCAACGGUGGAAGCUGCUGAAACAGGCUGAGAAGGACGCCUACCAGAAACGCUGCGAACAGAGGAAAAAGGAGUAUGAAAUUGAGAUGAACAGAUUUCUCAGCAGUUUGUCAGAGGAGGAGCAGCAGCGGGUCUUGUCUGAGGAGAAGAUAGGUUUUAGGAGGGGUGCUGGAGCCAACAGUCCUGCCUCCAAAAAGAAGAACACUAAAGCAAAGGCCAAUCCGGAGAAACCCAAAAGGCCGAUUUCAGCCAUGUUCAUCUUCUCUGAGGAGAAACGUCCUAAACUGCAGCAGGAGCGGCCGGACCUUUCUGAGAGCGAGCUCACAAGACUCCUGGCCCGUAUGUGGAAUGAGCUGCCAGAUAAGAAGAAGGAGAAGUUUAAACGCUUAGAAACAGUCCUGAAGGCCGAGUCAGAGAAGAAGGAGAAGGAGGAUCGUAGUCGUCUGCCGGACCCGCCCAAGACUGCACAGGACAUCUGGCAGCAGAGUGUCAUAGGAGACUACCUGGCCAGAUUUAAGAAUGACCGGCAAAAGGCACAGAAAGCAAUGGAAGCAACGUGGAGCACCAUGGAGAAAAAGGAGAAAAUUAUGUGGAUCAAAAAGGCAGCAGAGGACCAGAAAAGAUACGAGAGAGACCUGUGUGAGAUGCGCUCUCCUGCUGCUACCAUUGCCUCAGGGAAGAAGAUGAAGUUUGAGGGUGAACCCAAGAAACCACCAUCAAACGGAUAUCAGAAGUUCUCUCAAGAGAUGCUGUCCAACGGAGAGCUGAAUCACCUCCCGAUGAAGGAGCGGAUGACUGAGAUCGGCAGCCGCUGGCAGAGGUUACCGCUGAAGAACAAGGACAACUACAAGAAGAUCGCUGAGGAGAAGCAGCGACAGUACAAAGUCCAACUGGAACAGUGGCUCGCUAGCUUGUCUUCACAAGAGAGAAACACUUAUAAAGAGUAUAACUCACAAAAACGAAGAACUACGGCGAAACCCGGAGGCCCCAAGGCAAAGGCCAAGAAAUCUGACACGGAGGAGGAGGAAGAGGACGACGAUGAAGAUGAGGAUGAGCAGAAGGCUUCCUCUGAGGCAGACUCAUCCAGCGAGGAUGAUGACGAUGAUGAUGACAAGGAGGCGGAUGAAGACGACGACGACGACGAAGAUGACGAUGAGGCGGAGGACAAGGAGAACAAGUCAGAAGAAAGCAGCAGCGAAUCAAAUUCACAGGGGUCGUCGGACUCUGAUUCGGACUGAAACUGGCCAUCGUCGUCGUGAGACGAACUGAGCAGCGCUGAGCUGAGCCAAGAGUCAAGGGAGCUCUGCCACUGUGCCAACCCUGCUCUCCUCCCACCACCAGAGGGAGCCCCUGCAUUGCCUCAUCCACUUCACACUCACCCAUUUUAUGUUGCUGCGUUGGUGAUUCUCAUGGAGGGAACCUGCCCUUAUGUCCAAAAUCAGUUUCAUUCCCUCCCUGGUGUGAUGGUCAUCUGACAGCACGGGCCGCUGACGUUAUGCCAAAAACAGCAUCCCACUGGUUUGGUGAUGUCAUGAACAUUUCUGCCGCUAGUUUAAAUUUUGACUUACAGGUUCAGUGGUUUAUGGUUAGAGUUUUAAUGUUGAGGGAGAUGAAUGAACUCUCCACUGUUUAUUUUAUUAUUCUGGUAAUUAGUUGAAAACCGGUGGCUUCAUAGAGCCAAAGAACAUAGUAUGGUGGAUCACUUUAGGGAGGGGGCGGUGGGGGCGGGGGGUGUGCAGGGUACUGAAAAAUUGCACUCUUCAGAAUGUUUCCAUGAAUAUUUUUUUUUUUUUUCCAGAACCUUGUUGCGUUGUUCUCUAUUCUCAAUUUAUGAUGUAGAUUUUAUCAUUUGGUUCUUAAAGAGGUGGUAUUUUUUCAGGAAAAAAAUCAAGCCAUUAUGAAUGUCUUUUUGUUGCUGGAAAAUUUCAGAACUUGUUACUUACCCAUGUUCUCAUUUAAAGGAUAACAGUGUCUACAUAAAGUAUUCACCCCCUCUUGGACUUUUUUCAUGUUUUAUUGUUUUACGAUGUUGUACCAAAGUGGAUGUAAUGAGGCUUCGAUACUUGUUAACGGAACGUGUAUCUUAAAAGAAAUAUUGCAACAUUUAGGUCAAAAUGACUCAUUUGCUUGAGAGUAAACCCAACCACAUCCAGCUGCGAUGUCUGCCUGUAAAACUGAAGCAGAACUGAAACUGACAUUGACCUUUUCCAAACUGUUUCAUGUAAUGUCACGAGACAGACCAAUCUGUAAGCGCAGAAACCCAAAGUCAUUACUUACGUUUCACACUGCAAGCAUCUUUGGCAGCAGUUACAGCCUGCAGUCUAAUGGGGAUCAGUCUUUAUCAGCUUUGCACAUGUGGGCGCUGCAUUUCCCGCCGUUUGUCUUUGCAAAGCUGCCAAUCUGUGGACUGUAAGUGAGCAGCAGUUUUCAACUCAAAUUCUCUACUUGGGAGUCCCUCACUAAUGUGCUUUUUGUACCAGCACAGCCUGCUCUAAGCAGAUUUACAGCUGUGCCAUAUUCUUUACAUUUCUUCCUACUGAUUGACAUAACUGUACUCUGAAGGCUAUCAUGUGCCUUGAAAAUGUUCUUGUAUUCUUCCCUCUUGAUUGGUAGUUUCCAGUAAACUUUUUGCGAUUUAUUCAUAAUGUUCCUUUGUCUUCACAAUUUAUUUUUUUAUUAGACACUCGAAUAACAAGCUGUAGGAGCUUCCAGAAAUGUGUAUUUACAAGUCACUCUUUUAAUUACACACAUGCGAUCUCCAUUCAACUUAUUUAACGUACAGAAAGCACCAGUCAAAACGUAUGUAAUCAGUUAUUUUUGUUUAAUAUUUGGACUUAAUUUAGAACCGUUUGUGAAGGUUCGUUUUACAAUAAAGAGCCUGCUGAUUUGUGGGGGAAAAAAAAAAAAACCUGAUUACAUCCACUCUGCUUCAGAGUUGUGAAACAAAAAAAGGUCCACGGGAGUGAAUACGUGUUAUAGGCACUGCAGUAUCCAUUGCCAUGUGUCCGUCAUUCUUCAAACUUAACUGACAUGUCUUGUACACAGAAAUUCAUCAGUCUGAAACAAUUCUGUCUGACUCAGCAGUUUGUUCUGGCCUGGCAGUAAUAAACAGUGUUUACUGUGUGACCAGAGCAGUUUGUCGUUGAAGGGAUAACACUCGUUUUCCACACUUUGAGCUCAAUCUGACUCUGUGUUUUCAAAGGACAUGUCACACAGUCGGUGUAUGUUUCUCCUUUGAACUGUCGUUUUACAUUUCGCUCGCAGUUUAAUUGUUAAUAGGUUUGUUUUUAAUCGUUGUGUUCGGAUCCAUCUGGAAUCAUUUGUGGAUGUUGAACUGAAUGGGGUUUCCAUCAAACAUUUUCAAGUUCAUUUUGAAAUUCUAAUGGUAUUGACUGUAAUCCACGUGGGUUUUAGUCCGAUGCUUAUCCCAAAAAAGUGUGCACUUAACGUAAAUCUGUCCCUCUGUGUGAGUUUGUGUGCAUCCAUGCACAGAACUGUGUAUAUAUGAGGGGUGUGAGUGUGUUUCUUUGCUUUAAUGUGUGCUAUUUUUACUGUUUUUGUUGCAUACCAUGAUGUGACUGCAGCGUGCAUGUUUGUGCCUGUAUGGGGACAUUUUACCAACACCAUGAAUGUAGAUAUUGUUGAAUCUUUUUUUUUUUUCCAAAGGUCUUUUAGUAAUUUUUCUGCUCGGCGCUGUCGUGUCAUUGGUUGCCAGAACACGGACCAAUGACAAGACUUUCCUUCAUGACUGUCAUUUCGGGUCCACAGACAUAUGAGUACAUGGCAACUAUUAAUAAUCUGUUAGUAAUGGACUGAUUUUGAUCAUUAUGAAUCUCAUCACUGUCUGAAACAAAACCAGCGUGGACUAUUUAAAUGAUUUGGGAGGGAAAAGGAAUCUGAUUGCUGAUAUUGAUCACUGAGAGUUUGUAAAAGGGAUUUGGGGAACCGAGUUGCCAGAGGAAUUGGGGUUAAAAUCUUGUAAUUUUUCUGUAAAUACUGUUUUUGUAUUGAGUGCUUAUUGUUUUGUUAGUGCUUUAAGUUUGCAAACCCUCAUCUGUGACUUCUGAGGCCAGUGAGUUUUUCACUCAUGGGGGAGAGUUUUUGGUUUAAUUCACCUGUUUUAGUUGUUUCUUCUCUCCCCUAUGUUGGUUUAUAGAGAUAUCUAAGACAGCAAAGCUUUACAAGUUUGUACUGCUGACCAUUUGACAGAAUUUGAUGUUUUCUAUAGCUGAGGGUGUUCUUAUGUCCUUGUAGUUAAAGUCUUUCGGCAAAUAAAAAAAAUGAUCUUUAACA